AUGGCUUUCGACGAUGUACAGAUCGGGGACGUGGUCAAUGUCCCGGGUGGCAUGUAUGGGACAAUCAAAUACUUGGGAUCGGUAUCCGGGAAGCCCGGACGAUUUGCAGGUGUCGAGCUCAGUUCCGAACAUGCACAACGAGGCAAAAACAACGGCGAUGUCGACGGCCGCAAGUACUUUGUGACUUCGAUCCCGGGCUCCGGUAUCUUCGUUCCUAUGAACAAUAACAAGUAUGUCACGCGACGAUCAACCUCCAAUAUAUCUACACCGAUUACACCGGCGCGUGGGGGACCCGUUAAUUUCAGUAAAUCUGUCGGCGGAGCUCUCACUACGCCUCGUCCUCGCGUCCGACGGCCGUCCCUCCCUCGACCGGAAUCCCCACGCGUUCCCCCUCCGAAAUUGAGUCUCAGUGGCCUCCGUACACCAUCAGCAGCAUCCCGUAGUGGCUUGACCAGUGCCCAGCGAAGCCCCGUCAAGGCUCCAUCCCGACUGUCCGAUCGACCCUCUUCACGGAUCAGCACUGAAGAUGAUGCUUCUUCAUAUGGACGACCCUCGGAUUUCCGUCGGCCAAGCUCGUCGGGAACUCAAGAACUAAAGGAUCAGAUAAAAAGUCUAGAAAAGCAGCUGCUGGAUCGCGAUAGGCAGUUGGAAGAGCAGUCUGGGACUCUAGACGAAUUCCAGAGAACAUUGGUGGAAAUGGAAGGAUCGGAUGGAGUUUCGAUCCGUACCCAGCUUCGUGAGCGCAAUGAACGAAUCGUGCAGCUGACGUCGGAAUUCGACGGCCACCGCGCAGACUUCCGAAGCACCCUCGACACAUUGGAAAUUGCGGCCUCCGAGACCGAACGCGUCUACGAGCAGCGGCUCGACGAGCUCAUGCAGCAGAACAAGGAACUUCUAGACCGCAGCGAAGAUGUCGAGGUUGUUGCGCAGCAGCUCAAACAAUUGGAAGAAUUGGUCUCGGAAUUGGAGGAAGGACUCGAGGAUGCCAGACGCGGCGAGGCAGAGGCCAGAGCCGAAGUCGAGUUCCUGCGCGGCGAGGUCGAACGCACCAAGUUGGAGCUGAAGAAGGAGCGUGAUCACUCGGCUGCCGCGUUGCAAGGCGCUGCAGGCGGGUCUCGAAGCAGUAGUGAAUUGGACCAAAAGGACGAUGAGAUUCGAGGACUCAAGGCCAUUAUCCAUUCUUUGAGUCGGGGGAACCCCCCAGCAGGAUUGAACCAGAACGGUGACUCCGAUGAUCAUAACUCAGAGCACCUAGAUGAAUUAGAGCAGCGACUCCGCGAGGUUGAAGAGACCGCGGGCCUCAAGGACUCUCGGAUUGAAGCCCUCGAGCGCGAAUUGCAAGAAAUGCACCACCAAUCCAGUCGCGACCGCAGCUCUACCGUCACUCUUUCGCCCAAACAACACAAACCAUCUCACUCUGCGGGCAACAUCUCAAAUCAUUCUAACAACAACAACAACCCCCACCGUCUCUCAGACCGCACAGUUGUUCCAACCGACUGGCAUGACGCCCCUUCCGAACCCCGCCACCUCCGCAACGGUUCCAACAACUCGCAAUCACGUCUAGAAACCAUGCAUGAAUCUGAACGCUCUUCCGACGAAGACACAAUGUGGUGUGAAAUUUGUGAAACGGGCGGCCACGACAUCCUCAACUGCACCAGCAUGUUCGGAUCCGGCCAGAAUUCCAAUAUCAAGCCCAAGCAUACAGAAGAGCCCGUCGAUGAGCCCGAAGAGCCAAUUGAGAAAACGGAGCCCCUGCAGACCAAGGAACCCGUUCAGUCCUCCCCCCAAAAGACAGGAAAGGACGUUGUCAUGGAAGGCCUGAAGGGCAUUGGCGGGCUAGGCUCGUCUAUGGCGCCUAUUGCGGGAAAGUUGUCAGGUGUCAUUGAUGAGUCGAAGUGGUGCGCUCUGUGUGAGCGUGAUGGCCACGAGAGCAUUGAUUGUCCGUUUGAUGAGUAA